AUACUCUUAAUUGUCAACUCCUUUUCACAUCCACGUAUAAGCAUACCGACUCUCACGGAGUGGCUACUUAAGUCGGAGCAUAAACCCGAAGAGAAAUGAGCAUGGUUUCCAUCCCAGCAUUCUCAGCUUUACAUGCAAUCUCAAUACCCAGAGAUUAUCAUUCUUUUGCAAUAGUGAACUCCUUGAAGGCCAAGGGGAAGAGUUAUCAAUUAGAAUUGCUUGGCAACACCAAUGUCUUGAAAGCAUAUAGUAUAUGGAGUGGCAGCUUUAGCUCCUCUGGCAAGCACUCGAAGUUGAGGACCUUUUUGGUUGAGGCAAACCAAGAAUCUUCGUUACUGUCUCGUGUGGGAGCUUGGGAACAUCCUGAUGAUGGCAGUGGGGGUGAAUCUGAGGAGGAGGAGGAAGAAGAAGAACAUGACUUGGGUUUCCAGAGUGAAUGGGAAGAAGAUGAAGAAAAGCGGGUUCUAGCUGCUAAUGCUGGUGAUGUUCAGAAGUCCAUGACAAAUGAGUAUGAAGAGCAACUUGUAAAAGAGGUAGAGCAGCUCUUGGAGGUAGAAGAAAGAGCAAUUUUGCAAAGGCAUGCAGCUCCCAACAUGGAGAGAUUAUCCACUGCAAAAUGGAGCCCACUACAUACUCUUUCACUAUCUGGGCUAGUUCCUUUCAUGGACAAGCUACUUGAAGAUGGUGUAGAUAUUAAUCUUUUUGACAAAGAUGGUGUAACUGCUCUUCAUACUGCAAUUAUAGGCAAAAAGGAAGCUGUUAUUAAUCAUCUUCUAAGAAAAGGUGCAAGUCCUCAUGUCAGAGAUUGGGAUGGAGCUACUCCACUUCAUUAUGCAGUUCACGUAGGCGCCAAGCGGAUUGUGAAGUUGUUGAUCAAAUACAAAGUUGAUGUCAAUAUCGCAGAUAAUGACGGAUGGACGCCAUUGCACAUUGCUGUGCAAAGUAGAAACAGAGAUAUUGUGAAACUUUUGUUAGUGAAUGGUGCAGAUAAGAGUAGAAGAAAUAAGGAUGGCAGAACUCCCAUAGAUCUGGGCUUAUGUUAUGGGAAAGACUUCAAGUCCUAUGACCUCACCAAGUUACUGAAGACAGUACCAAUGGACAGAGAAUUUUGAGUCUGAAGUUGAGACAAUUUAAACUGCGGAGUAAGUUCGAUUGCAUGUCUUGAGUAUGUGGUGCAACUAGAUAUUUGAUUCCUGCAUUCAAGAUCAGUUAUGAACUAAUUUACUCCAGUUUCCUCUCAUUUUAUAGACUAAGGGAAACUAAGAAUAGGUGGGUAAAAUAUUUAUGGAGGGAGAAAUUGUCAUGAAGCAAAUUGGUUAAAUACACAAUAAAAGUUAGUUAUCUGCAUCUCGGUAGUGUACAGACUACCAAAGUAGGAAACAUGCUGGAUGAACUGCUUGAGAUCCAUUGGUUUCUGGGUUAAUCUGUUUGAUACAAUGUAGCUUGUUAGUGUAAUCUAUCCCAGCCCUGCUGUAUUAACCACAGUUUUGUACACAUAAGUGAUGUAACCCUAAACCCUAAACCCACACGCGUAACUGCCAUAUAUAACCACCCGUAAUUUUGCUUUAAGCUUAUGUAAUCGUUU